AUGUACCUCAUACUUUCAGAACCCGUCAAGGAUAGGCCGGCAAGUGGUAGUGGCAAGGAAUUUGCAGACGAUUUUGCGAAAGGAACUGGUCAAGUCGAGGACUAUAGCCCAAGUGAAUCACCUCAAUCUGUGGAAGCUAUUCAAGAAAAGAGCGAGGAGUUCACCGAUAGUGGCAAGAGGGCGGCAGAUGACUGGGAUGAACCGUCGGAGUUCUCUCAUCCACCACAAGAGCAGUUCAUGAAAAAGAUUGAUACUUCGACUGAGAAAGUCACUGAGGCGAAAGAGGAACAUCCACCCCAGAGAAGAUUCAUGACUGGCGGAUUCGGUUCUUCCGGCACAGCUGGUUCCUUUGGCUCUUCUCAUGUUGAGAAAGAAAAUGUACCCGCCUUCGGCUCUGUUGAAUUCUAUGGUGCCGAAAAGGGUGACGGUUAUAAUGGAGAUAGAGGUGGUUUUGGCAGGGGUGACCAACGAGGAGGACGUGGAAGGGGUUUCGAUCGUGAUGGACAGCGUUUCCGUGACAGCCGUGACAGCUAUCGCGAUCGUGAUGAACGUGAUAGCAACCGUGAUGGGUUUCGAUCUAGAGGUGGAUACGGAGGUGGCGGUGGAAGAGAUUUCCAGGGACGUUGUGGAUUUCGAGGAAGCCGCAACUGA